AUGAAGGGGAAAAGAACACCCCAAGUAUUGAACAAGCUGCUAGAUAUGGGAACAGAAACAGUGAAUGAAUUUAUCAUGAUUGCUAAGAAGAUAGAGGAAACAGAGCCUGGGUGCAUUGGGAAGAAGCUAUAUCAUCUACGUGUCUUGGCGAGCCCAUACAUCACAGCACAGGACUUCCUGGUAUGA